CAGAAAAUGUUGCUCUGAAUAAGGUUACCACACAAUCGCCAGAGUGUCCUGGUUAUGAAGGUGCAGGUUAUUUGGCUGUAGAUGGUAACACUACAACUGAAUUUGGACAAAGCAAACCACACGCAUGCGCGUGCGUAAUGGGGACAUCUUCCACAUUCUGGAGUGUUGAUCUAGGAAAACGGUAUCCACUUCACAACAUAAGAAUAUUCCAGAGGAAUAGCGACCAUUUCAGAUUAAACGGAUUCAGUGUUUCUGUUGAUGAGAGUCCCUGCUACCAGUGGACGAGUAGUUCGAGUCCACCAACAGUGAUUGAUAUAACAUGUGAUAAAACAGGACAACUAGUGAAGUUCAGUGUUCCAAGGGCAGACUAUUUUGUUCUGUGUGAAGUACAGAUAUUUGGAGUCUCCGGAUGGGACAAGGAGCUGGGUCCAUCUAACCAGGACAGUUUUGGUAGGAAGACCACGAAAGAACAGAUAGUUCAUGUAGCCAUUGUUGCCAAACCAUUAAAUCGUGUCCUUGAAUCUCUUCAUCCCAAAGAAUAUUCUGCCAGCACAAAUCUUGACCUUCAUUUUGGCCUUCAGAAUUAA